UCACUUCGUCUCCAAACCACACAUAAUCGAGCCCCUUUCCCUCUCUCUUCCCCUCCUAAAGCAAUCGCUCCGGCAAAGAUGAGGUCACUCUGGGCGGUCGCCCUCUUAGCUUCCUGCCUUGCCGUCCUUGGUGCCAGCGCACAACAGGGCGGCGACGUGAGCUCCGUCAUCAGCAGAGCCCAGUUCGACCAGCUUCUCAAGCACCGGAACGACCAGGCCUGCCCCGCCAAGGGCUUCUACACUUACGACGCGUUUGUUGCUGCUGCGAAGUCCUUCCCGGGGUUCGGCACCACCGGCACCCGGGACACCAGGUACCAGGAAGUCGCGGCUUUCUUGGCUCAGACCUCCCACGAAACCACAGGAGGAAAGAAGGGCGCACCGGAUGGACCCUAUGCGUGGGGAUACUGCUUCGUGGAAGAGCGGGACAGGUCGAGAGACUAUUGCGAUCCCAAAUCUGGAUGGCCGUGCGCUCCCGGCAGGAAAUACUACGGUCGAGGUCCGAUUCAGAUCACGCACAACUACAACUACGGCCAGGCGGGGCGCUCCCUGCACUCUGACUUGAUCAAGAACCCGGACGCGGUGGCCAAGGACCCGGUCCUCUCGUUCAGGACGGCUCUCUGGUUCUGGAUGACCCCGCAGCCGCCGAAGCCCUCGAGCCAUGACGUCAUCACCGGCCGCUGGAGGCCGUCUCCUGCGGACCAGGCCGCUGGGAGGGUCCCUGGCUACGGCCUCAUCACCAACAUAAUCAACGGCAGGGAGGAGUGUGGGAAGGGACCUAACCAGUUCGUCGAGGACCGGAUCGGGUUCUACAAGAGGUACAGCGACAUACUGAAGGUCGGGUACGGAAACAACCUCGACUGCUACAACCAGAAGCCUUAUGCUUAGAUGCAAGUAAUGUUAUGCGUCGAAAAAUAAGUAUGGCAGGAAAAUAAUCAGCAUGUCGUGUUGUACCAUGUUGUUUUGUUUCUGCAACGAAUUAAGUAAAUAAAAUCGUCCUCGGACGUGCCCCUACUAUUUGCAAAAGAAGUCUUGCAGUAUAAAGUUGAAAUGUAAUCUUCACUCUAUUAUUUCAAAAUUCGUCACCUGGGACAUGACCCUAGCGUUUAA